CUCCGGCCAAUGGCCCCUUCUGGCCCCCCAAACCCAUUCAGCAAAAGUGGGGGAGCUUAGGGGCGGAGUGAACCCCUGUGCCUGCGGCAGGGCAGUGUGGUGCCAGGCUGGGCUUGCCACAGCUCCUGCUUCUCGAGUCCAGGACUAGCUGGUGGCCCUUCACCUUGGCUGGAACCCUCAGACCAGCGUGUCUGUGCUGAGUGUGGGUGGGGAACUCUAAGACAGGCGUGAGGGGGUUCUCUGAAAAUGUAGAGAGUAGUGCGUGUGUGCGGGGGUUUACCAGGAGGUCCAUGAUGCUAAUUGAGCUUCAGGGCCCCUCACUUGCUCCGGACCCUUCUAAGGCCCUGCACCUAAUUUUGAGUUCAUAAUUGUAUGUUAGUUUCAUAGAUAGGCCCCCCAAGUUGUAUAAGUCUCAGGCCCCACAAAACCUGGAUCACCCCAGCAUGUUUUUCUAGCCAGAGGCUCAUGAACACUUCUGAUUCUCAGGGGAGUCUGUGGCCCCGCCCCCGAAGUUUGACAACCUCCAGUGUGGCAAUUGGGGCCCCUGGAUCCAGCAGCCCCUGUGGGUAGAGCCACUUCGCCACCUGGUGGUUGGGUCCUGGAACUGCGUGUCCCUAUUUACGGGAAGAAGCUGUUCUUGACUGACAUUUUAUCCCUGUACCCAGGCAGGCAGCUCCCCACCCUGUUAAAGCCUGGGUCUGGGGUGUGGAAGCCCAAUCUUCGGUCUAGUUCUAUGCCUCAUACAAACCAACUUGGGUUAUCUGUGGUUUGGAAUUAACUGUAGUGCCUCACUCAUCCCUUCACUGAAUAUUUAUUAACUCAACAAUGGCUAUCAGGCACCUACCAAGUAUCAGGCACUGUGCUUGGCGUGGGUGAACAAUGGUGGGUGAGGCAGACAUGGCUCUGUCCUCAAGUUGAUCAUAGUCUGAGAUGACAUAGAUCAAGCAGCCAGAGAAAUAAAUACACAUUUACAAGAGGCUGUAUUAGAGAAUCUGACCUGGUCAGGAAAAUCUGGGAGAGCUUCCUGGAGGAGGUGACACUUGAGCUGAGUCUGAAUGAGCUGCAGUUAACCAAGUAGGAAGAGAGGAAGAAGGAACGCAGAGGGGGAUGAAGGGACCCAGCAUGUGCAAAGGCCAAGUGGCUUACUGUGAUGAGGUGUACUCUAAGGUGACCACUCAGGCUGCUGUGUGGAUUGAAGGCAGGCCAGAAAGGCCAGUGGAAACCAGCAAGUGUCUCGGGCUGCAGAUGUGAUGGUGGCUGGAGCAGGGUGGCAGUGGAGAUGGAGAACAGCAGAGGGAUUGGAGAAAUGGGAGGUAAAACCAAUAGGGCAUGGUGGGGGGUGGAUGCAGGGGAGAAGGGAAGAUAAGGACAGGGUGACUCACAGGUUUUUGGCUGGCUGCAGACACAGUCCUCUGACAAGCAGGCUGGGAGUAGGUUUGGGGAGGGAAAGAUGAUGUCAGCACAGAGACUUGCAAGUUGCCCAACAGUUAGAAAAUGAGGAGAAAAUGGACUGAUACCGCCUCAACGGACUGACCCUAAGUGGGUCUGGAUGGCAUCCCCACGGGCCUUGGCCAGCAUGUGGGUAAACCCUGCCUUCCCCUCCUGCACUUACCCAGAUGGGGCACUGGAGUCUGUUACUCACUCAGGUAAUAGUUGCCUUAGUUGCCUGGUGUCGACUCUGGGCUGGGAUCCAGGGGCACAGUGGGAAGCAGCCCUGGCCAAGGCUUGUCCAGAGCCGUCCACCGGGAAGACCUGCCUUCCAAAGGCCCUGCUGAAUCUGAGCAAUGGCCGCAACGACACCAUCCCUGUGCUCCUGGAUGUUGCGGAGCGCACGGGUAACACGCGCGAGUUCAUCAACUCGCCCUUCAGGGACAUCUACUACCGAGGUCAGACCGCCCUACACAUUGCCAUUGAGCGACGCUGCAAACACUACGUGGAGCUGCUUGUGACCCAGGGAGCUGAUGUCCAUGCCCAGGCCAGGGGCCGCUUCUUCCAGCCCAAGGAUGAGGGAGGCUACUUCUACUUUGGUGAGCUGCCCCUGUCCCUGGCUGCCUGCACCAACCAGCCGCACAUCGUCAACUACCUGACGGAGAACGCGCACAAGAAGGCGGACAUGCGGCGGCAGGACUCCCGCGGCAACACGGUGCUGCACGCGCUGGUGGCCAUCGCUGACAACACGCGUGAGAACACCAAGUUCGUCACCAAGAUGUAUGACCUGCUGCUGCUCAAAUGCGCUCGCCUCUUCCCCGACAGCAACCUAGAGGCUGUGCUCAAUAAUGAUGGUCUCUCGCCCCUCAUGAUGGCUGCCAAGACGGGCAAGAUUGGGGUCUUUCAGCACAUCAUUCGCCGGGAGGUGACGGACGAGGACACAAGGCACCUUUCCCGCAAGUUCAAGGACUGGGCCUAUGGGCCAGUGUAUUCCUCGCUCUAUGACCUCUCCUCCCUGGACACAUGUGGGGAGGAGGCCUCCGUGCUGGAGAUCCUGGUGUACAACAGCAAGAUCGAGAACCGCCAUGAGAUGCUGGCUGUGGAACCCAUCAAUGAACUGCUUCGGGACAAGUGGCGCAAGUUUGGGGCCGUCUCCUUCUACAUCAACGUGGUCUCCUAUCUGUGCGCCAUGAUCAUCUUCACCCUCACCGCCUAUUACCAGCCGCUGGAGGGCGCUCCGCCGUACCCCUACCGCACCACGGCGGACUACCUGCGGCUGGCCGGCGAGGCCGUCACGCUCUUCACUGGCGUCCUGUUCUUCUUCACCAACAUCAAAGACUUGUUCAUGAAGAAAUGCCCUGGCGUGAAUUCUCUCUUCAUCGAUGGCUCUUUCCAGCUACUCUACUUCAUCUACUCAGUACUAGUGAUUGUCUCAGCGUCACUCUACCUGGCGGGGAUCGAGGCCUACCUGGCUGUCAUGGUCUUUGCCUUGGUCCUGGGCUGGAUGAAUGCCCUUUACUUCACUCGUGGGCUGAAGCUGACGGGCACUUACAGCAUCAUGAUCCAGAAGAUCCUCUUCAAAGACCUUUUCCGCUUCCUGCUGGUCUACUUGCUCUUCAUGAUUGGCUAUGCUUCAGCCCUGGUGUCCCUCCUGAACCCAUGUGCCAACAUGAAGGUGUGCAGCGAGGACCACACCAACUGCACGGUGCCCACGUACCCCUCGUGCCGCGACAGCGAGGCCUUCAGCGCCUUCCUCCUGGACCUGUUCAAGCUGACCAUCGGCAUGGGUGACCUGGAGAUGCUGAGCAGCACCAAGUACCCCGUGGUCUUCAUCAUCCUGCUCGUCACUUACAUCAUCCUCACCUUCGUGCUGCUCCUCAACAUGCUCAUCGCCCUCAUGGGGGAGACAGUGGGCCAGGUGUCCAAGGAGAGCAAGCACAUCUGGAAGCUGCAGUGGGCCACCACCAUCCUGGACAUCGAGCGCUCCUUCCCCGUAUUCCUGCGGAAGGCUUUCCGCUCCGGCGAGAUGGUGACCGUGGGCAAGAGCUCGGAUGGCACCCCAGACCGCCGGUGGUGCUUCAGAGUGGACGAGGUGAAUUGGUCUCACUGGAACCAGAACUUGGGCAUCAUUAACGAGGACCCAGGCAAGAGCGAGAACUACCAGUAUUACGGCUUCUCGCACACUGUGGGCCGCCUCCGCAGGGAUCGCUGGUCCUCGGUGGUGCCGCGCGUGGUGGAGCUGAAUAGGACCUUGAGCCCCGACGAGGUGGUGGUGCCUCUGGGCAGCAUGGGCACCUCCAGCUGUGACGGUCACCAGCAGGGUUACGCCCCCAAGUGGGGGACUGACGAUGCCCCCCUCUAGGGGCCGUGGGCAGGGGUAGGGUCUCUGGACGGCAGCGACCCUCCCCUCCCCCCCACGCCCAUUUCUAGUCUGCCUGCAUUUCAGUGACACCUCCCAGGGUGUUCCUCACACACUCCUUUGCUCCCCAGAGGUGAGGGCCCGGCGCAGAUGCUGCGGAGGCCCCAGGACCCUCUGCUCCCCAGGCUGGCGCCCCCAGCUGUGCCUGCCCACCCUGGGCAGGAGGCUCCUGGCUGCCUGUCUUGCUCCCAUGGAGUCACUUAAGCCAAUUCCAGGGCCUCUCUGCCCACUGGCGCUCAGACCCCCGCUUCUCCAUUAUUUAUUUGCUCUGCUCUCAGGAAAGCACUGUGACCCCUGCCCCCAGCUGGACCCCGGCAGAGGCCUCAGGACCCCACUCCAGGCGCACUGCUGGCCGAGGCCCGGCCCGGCCUGUGUCCUGGGCUGCACACGUCACCUUGUUCAGCAGUAGCGUGGCGGCUUUGCUGAGGGACUGGGGCCCUCAGGGUCGGGUCGAUGACCUCUGGGUGUUCUGCAGAGAAAGUGGGACUUGCCGUGCUCAAUAAAUAUUCAUUCACUGAUG